UAAGCAUUGAGCUGCCUUGAGCAAUAUAACCAAAGUAGUACAAGUUUUUUUUUUAACUAUCUUUCCAAACAACUAUCCAAUAAUGAGGCCUUUUUCAUUCUUUUUUCUCAUGCUCAUACUUGUCUUAGCCUCAGAAAUUGGACCAAAAGUGGGAGAAGCAAGAACAUGUGGAACAGCAAGUCAUGCGUUCAAGGGAGCAUGUUUUAGCAACAGGAAUUGCGCAAAUGUUUGCAAAACUGAAGGAUUUCCUGAAGGAGAUUGCAAGGGCUUUCGCAGAAGAUGCUUCUGCACCAGGCCUUGUUGAAUAGGAUCUCCACAUUUGCUGGACACUACUUCUAUUGUGAGUCUUGAAAAAUAAAAUUAAUUAUUGCAUGAAUCUAGCUAGUACAUGCAAUAUCAUGUACUCCGUAUUAGUAGUAUUAUGUUUAUUAUUAUUGUUGCAUUUGUAAGACAUUAAUUAUUAUUUCUUAUUAUUAUUAUAAAUUAUUGUCGGUAAAGUUUGGAUAA